GUUGACGAGAUGGAGUCCAAAUGCUCUCAGAGCAUGGCGUUGGGCUUCUGCACCUCCUUGCCCGAGAGCCGUCCCGCCCCGCUGCGCGCGGAGCGCGCCAGGGAGCUUAAGAAGGCCACGCUUUUGGGCUAUGACCUACCAAAGAUCUUUGCAGACGGUCAGGAGGUGGGGAAGAUCCCCGCAAAGCAGUGGCGGCCGCUGAAGGACCUUUCCGCAGGGAGCCGGCUCGGCCUUUUGAUCGACCGGAACUCCUGGGAGCUCACGGUUUUCAUGAAUGGCUGCAGAAAGGUGACUGUUUCCAUACCGAAUGAGGUGUCACCGCGCCCGACGGAGGUCUGGGGGAUCGUUGACGUGCACGGGAACGUCCGAUCUGUUCGCUUGCGAGGGAAUCCGGAGAAUAGGUCAGCGGUGCUUGCCGCACCUCUACCACCACAGUGGGCUCUGCAGGCGCCACAGACGCCCUUGCGCUUGGCAUCAACGCAGGAGAACGCCUCAACUCCGCUGGCGGAUCGAGGCAGAGACUUGCCUCCGCGUGCGCUGUUUGAGGAG